ACUAAUCCUCUUAAUCCCAGUCAACAGAGGCGGAGCAAAACCUCUCAUUGCGUUUUGCAGUUUUCUACCCGCAUUUACUGCGAGGCAUUUGUGCGGGGUGCGUGGCCGACGGACUUUACCGCAAUGUGUAAUAAUGUUGUGUUUUUCUGUAGAGUAGCUGUGUAAAACGGUGAAGUGGAGAAGGAGCAGAUGCUGCUCUGGCAAUGACUUGUCCCGGGAAGCGGAGCUUUCAAGCGGCGUUGAUCGUUCUGUCUGUCGCCCAGCUGACUGCAGGUCUGAAGUGUGUGUGCCAGCUGUGUGCCAACAACACCUGUGAGACGGGCGCAGACGGCGCCUGCUGGAACUCUGUGAUGUUGAUUGACGGGAAGGAGGAGACGGUCAAGUCCUGCCUGUCGCCCUCCGAGAUGAAGGGCCAGGUCUUCUGCUACAGCUCCCGAAACGUCUCCAAGAGGAACUGCUGCUUCACUGACUUCUGCAACAACGAGACUAUGCACCUACACCCAGAGAGGCCUUUGGAAGAACCCGGCUGGAGCAGGCUGCAGCUCGCUGUGGUGAUCCUGGUGCCCUCCUGCCUGUUGUGUGUGGGGAUCCUGCUGGGUGUGUUCGUUGUGCAGGGCCACCGCUGUGCCUACAGCAGAGCACAUAAGCAGGACCCAGAGGAGCCUCUGGAUGACCAGAUGCUAAUGUCCCCGGAUAAAUGUCUCAAAGAGCUGAUCUAUGACAUGAGCACCUCAGGCUCUGGAUCAGGUUUGCCACUGCUGGUCCAGCGCACUAUAGCUCGGACCAUUGUCCUGCAGGAGACCAUUGGGAAGGGACGAUUUGGGGAGGUGUGGCGGGGAAAGUGGCGAGGAGAGGAUGUGGCGGUGAAGAUCUUCUCCUCUAGGGACGAGAGGUCGUGGUUUCGUGAAGCAGAGAUUUAUCAGACAAUCAUGCUCAGACAUGAGAACAUCUUGGGGUUCAUUGCUGCGGACAACAAAGAUAAUGGCUCAUGGACCCAGCUCUGGUUGGUGUCAGAGUACCAUGAGCAUGGCUCCCUGUAUGACUACCUGAACAGGUACACACUCUCUGUGGAAGGCAUGAUCGUCCUCGCUUUGUCUAUAGCCAGCGGCCUGGCACAUCUCCACAUGGAAAUCAUUGGAACGCAGGGGAAACCUGCCAUUGCUCACAGAGACCUAAAGUCUAAAAAUGUCCUAGUUAAGAAGAACGGCACAGCAGUGAUUGCAGAUUUGGGUUUGGCUGUGAAGCACGACUCCAGCACCAACACCAUUGACAUACCGUCCAACCACAGAGUGGGAACCAAGAGGUACAUGGCUCCAGAAAUCCUGGAUGAGACAAUCAAUAUGCACAGCUUUGAGUCAUUCAAGCGGGCGGAUAUCUACUCGCUAGGCCUGGUGUUCUGGGAACUGGCCCGAAGAUGCUCUGUUAGGGGACUUCAAGAAGAUUUCCAGCUGCCUUAUUAUGACCUGGUGCCUUCUGAUCCGACCAUCGAGGACAUGAGGAAAGUGGUGUGUGAGCAGAAACUCAGACCCAGCGUCCCCAACCAGUGGCAAAGCUGUGAGGCUCUGCGUGUGAUGGGGAAAUUGAUGAGAGAGUGCUGGUACACCAACCCUGCUGCUCGACUCACCGCUCUGCGGGUCAAGAAAACGGUGUCUCAGCUGUCUGUCAUCAAGGACGUCAAAGAUUAGUUUGAUUUGUUGUCGUGCGGAUCAGCACUGGUGCUGGCACUGGUGCAACAUGAUGGACUGAGAGUUGUUGGAAACGAACAGGGAGAAACUGUUCUUUCCAACUGCCUGAGGCUGCCCUCUUCAGGACGCAACCACACUGUUCAUCCUCAGAGAGCAGGUUCAGGUUGUUUUUUUUGGUGCCAAAGUAUUGUAGAGGGAGGUGUCUGUGGCUGCUUUGCACAUAGACACCUAAUAAAAACAGUUUGAACCAAACAGUUGAAGAAAGAGCCAUAUGAAAUAAGAGUAUGUAUAAUGUAUACAGAUUAUUUUUGCUACCUCAGACAUUUAAGUGCCCAAAGCUUAAAGUUGCACAUUGUGAUGUUUUUGUGCCAUAUCUUGUAGCAAACACAGUAUUGCUGGGUAGGUAGUCUGCUAACUGACAAUCACGAAGGAUACUGGAUAAAUCGCCCAAACUGGUACUGACUUAAUUUGUCCCUGAUAAUUUGAGCUUUAAAGUUUUUGAAGUGCUUUUGCAUAGUUGCACAUGGUUUGUUGAAAGCUCCAUGGAAAGGUUAUGAAACAAUUGACAGAAAUACAACUGUGCAUUUCCUAGUGAAAGUGGAUCUAUAUAUAUAUAUAUAUUCAAGUGGGUUUUAAGUGUGAUUAAUUUCUGACUAACCACAGUGGCUCCCACAGUGACAAUCAGUCAGUCCAUUGGUUGCUCAUUCUGGUGGUCCAAACAAAUACUGAAUGGAUCACACUGACAUUUGGCACAGACAUUUGUGGCCCCCAGAGGAUGAAUCCUAAGAACUUUGAUGAUCCCCUGACUUUAAGUCAGUCGAGCUAAAACUAAUAAGAGUUGAGUCUUGGGUUAUCCCAUAAUCAUCACAGUAAACUGUUUAGAAGUUAUUCAAAAGCUUGACUUUUGCCUUGUGGGAUCAUUACAGUGGCUAUAUACUUUUUUUUGUCUUGUCCUUUACAUAAAAAGAAGAUAUAAACUCUUUCUAUAAAUUUUGCACAUUUAAAGCUUUUAGUCACUGAAAAGCGCUGCUCUCUGACAGGUGAAUGCUAGUUUGUUGACAAAUGAAAGCUCAUACAUGAAGUUAUGUUUUGUAUUUCUCGAAUAUAUUUAUUCACGCUGGAAGCAUGUUAUUGAAAUUGUGAAAUCUUAGCUGCCCUAAUGCACAAGUCCAAACUUUUUUUAAUUUUAGAAUUUAAUUUUAAUUUUAAUUGAAUUUCAGUAUUGUUAACAAUCGCUCCAAUUUUUUUUAACAGGGAAAUCUAACAACCACACACAGCACAUUUUUAUUUUACAAGCCUGAUGCUGUUUUGCACCAAGUUUCUUAUUAUACCAGAUAAUUUGAGACACAACAUAAGAUCAGAUCUUGAUAAAUAUCUUGAUGAAGCCAAAAAAGUCAAUAAAUAUAAAACAAGAGGAUAAUGACAAAACACAGAACAGACAAGUAUAUAUUAUUAAUUGUCUACAUUGUUAUUUUGUUGUAAAUCAGCUGAAGACAUUUGACUUGGAGAGCCCAGUUUGGGUGAUGGGUGCACAUAUGCUCACGAAUGCCACUGUCCGAUGAGGUCUAUAAAAUGAGGUCUUGUUAUAGCAGGCUUAGGGAAAGUGCUCACAGGUUAAACUGUACACCAUGUGUGCUUGUGCGUUCCCACGUGUGUGCAGGGGUGCCUGUGUGUGCAUGUGUGUUUCAUAUCAUGUGAAGUGAUCCUGUGUGUGAAUCUGAUUAAUCAUCGCAGUGUUCCUGAAACCGGUGCUUCGGAGAAAACUUUCCCAUGUUUCCCAUCCAUCAUGGCUUUUAAUUCAUGUCUAGCUCUUCGUCCUCAGUAAAUGUUUAUGUUUUUAGUUGCUACGGUGAGUUACACAGUUCAAUGUAGCUGCUUAGUAUCAGUGUUGACACAUAUACAUGUUCUACUGUUGUGAAGGUGUCAUGAUUACUGGAUGAUAAAGCAUCAGCUGUGUUGCCUCUUGAAAAUAAGCUAUGUACAGUAGCCUGUUGCUCUCUUGGCAAAUAUCAGUUCAUUUGCAAGUCUUCAUGAUUUUGUUUCUGUGAAAUGAUUAGUCGACUUUAAUAAUGGAAUCAUUCGACUUUAUGUGUUGCAUAUUACAGAUAGGAAAUAUUGAAAAUACAGUAUUAAAGCGUCUGGCUCUGCCCGUGUUGUAGUGUAAAGUUGUUUUUAUCUGAUGUUGAAUCUAUGUUGAGCCAAGCUUAUAUUUUGUCUAUUGUGUCAUAUCUGCUUCUCAAAGAAUCAGACAGGUGACACAGAAAAACUGAUAGCUAAACAUAUAAAAGACUUAUCAGUCAUUCCAAAGAGGAGUGAUCACCAUGUGCAAUUUCUGACUGGUGUCUUUUUUUAUAUAUUGUAUAUGAAAUUGCUAAAUAUUAACAAGUGAUACUGCUUUCAUAAACUAAGACCUACUUUUGAUUUAGAUUCAUGUUUUGGAUUCAUGUGAAACUGUUUUGUGUUGUUGAUCAGAUUUCAAGCCAUUGCAUUGUAUCUUUUCUCUUGCACUAUUUAUUCUGUAUAGAAAUAAGUGAUAUCAGUGGGUCAAUAAACUGUUUUUCAUGAA